CAUUCUGCAUGAUUUUUUUCUAGAUAUAAUGGGGCUACGUUUCGUCCACUUUGAAAGGAGGAGCAGCUGUAGUUGACGAGUGAUCUUCCAGCACUACAUUUGAGAAAGUACUUAUAGUUAUAUGUUUUUCUGUUGCAACAUCUGACAUUUUUCGCUUCAUGACACGACAUCUCACUUCAUCAUUAUCUAUUGUUCGAUGCUUAUGGAGGUCUUUACUUUAUGUUCUUUCUUCAUUUUUUCGUUUUGCAGCAUAUUCGCCUUCAGAUCAGCUUCAGCGGUCAAGCACGAGAAAAUCAUAUUUGAUACCAGCCACCUUCAUGUUUCCACCUCUUCCCAAACAGGAGAAAGCGCUAGUUCCCCUCCACCAGUCAUUAUGCUUCUCUAUUUGCUCUCUGGAACAGGAUACGCACCGCGAAAAAGCGCGACUGUUAUUUCUCGAACUGCGCGUGGGCGCCUGCAGCCGCUGCGCACUCAAGUGAUUCAGUCAAGCUUGAUUUUUGUGUGACAACGCAUAGAAUUUUAUCUCGUUCAUAUCUGUAGGCUUUGAUGUUUGUACGGAGAACGAACCAAGUUUACGACAAUCACGAUAUGCAUCAUCUUCUGCACCGACGGCCUCCACGACCAAGAUUCGUGAUCUUCUUCACUAAAUUAUAGCCUGUACAAGGCUCCUCACGCUGAUACUUCACGUUCUUUUUCUCCAGUACAAUUUAGCCAACAAUGUAUGAACGGAAAUUCUCUGGUGCUGAGGUUGACCACAAGAAGACGUCAAGCGCGCUCUGUAUUUUCCAUGAUCCACUCUCAUUUUUCCUGUCCUACCCUUUUGCUUUUGAUCAUCCUUCUACUGUUUCUGCAGCUUUAUUCGAGUAAGUAAGUAGUUGCUUUAAAAAAAUAAGGUGCUCCUGCCUACCCCAUUUCAAGCAAAAUAUGUAGUAAAUAGAAGAGCCCACUACAGAAACGACGCAAGGACCUGCUUUGAAGCUAUGUCUGCAGACAUCUGACCCUUUUCGGAAUCCUGUACAGGUCGACUUCAUCUAUCGCUUUGUCAAGAAAUUUCCGUCGCUGAACUUGGUGCAGCAGUUCGCUUUCAGUGGUGCUGUGUCUCUCGUUCGCGCAGGGAAUUGAUUCAUGUUGAUCCGGAUUCACGCGCAGCACAGCGAAACGGAAUGUGUCCAUGGCGCUGGGUUAAGGACGAAAAAAAAAAGGUUAUUUACUCCGCAGCUUGCCUGUUUAGAUCGAACAUCUGUCAAGAGUAAAAUUUGAAUCUCAGAAAAUGAAAAUUCAUUGUUUGUAGUGAAGUGUUGUUGUACUACCUUAUUUUGCCCCCGAUUCAUUACAACACAUAAAAAGCUCUUGUAAGAUUCAAAUUGGAGUGAAAACGAAUAUUGUCCCAGCCAGCAUACGCUCAGGAAUAGGGCCCUAUUGCUACAGGAAUCCGAGCAGAUGAUACCACAUCGAGCACAAGAAGAACCACUGUAGUUGCUCCGAUAGACACGCAAUCGCUGCCAUGACACUACUAUUUCUACUUAUUUUUGUUUGAAACGGAGCUUAAAGCCGCACAGUUAUCAAUUUUGCGUGCCGGCGAAUAAAAACACAAAAAAAUUACAUAUUACAAAAACGCAAAAAAAUUACAUAUUACAAAAACGCAAAAAAAUUACAUAUUACAAAAACGCAAAAAAAUUACCUAUUAACAAAACACAAAAAAAUACAUGCGCAUCAAACUCAGCGCUUUACAACUACGAAUCUACUCUCACUUUGAUGCCUUUGACUUGAUUGGUACGGGCAUAGCCUGCCUGGGACCUACUUUACAUUUACUUCACUCUGUCACGUCGUAGCCCGUCACGUCGUAGCCCGUCACGUCGUAGCCCGUCACGUCGUAGCCCGUCGCCGUCUACGCUACCCAGCAUGUGAG